CACAUUAGAGAUCCUGUCCAAGUCCAGUAGAGUAGUCUGACAAGUGUAGUCGAGAAAUACAUAAGGAACACUUAAUUUUUUUUUGUGUGUGUGUGUGUGUAUAUUAUAAACUGAAAAAAAUAAAAAUAAACGAGAGAAACUGGAGUGAGGGCUCCUCCUUCCUUCCUUUGGUGAGAGAGAGAGAGAGAGAGAGAGAGAGGGGAGAGCUGGCUGAUUUAGGUUCUACGUCAGAGGGACGAUGGUGGCAGGCUGGUAAAGAUGGCCGCUCUCUCUGAGGACGGGAGAUACGGAUUGAAUUGCGGCCGCAAUGCCGACAGAAUCACCGUUUUGCACGUGAAGCUUACCGAGACCGCCAUACGCGCGCUCGAGAAUUACCAGAACUGUAAGAAUGUACCGUCCUCACAGCCAACAAUACAUUUCCAAGGACUGCAAGGGCGCAUCAAGAUUCCAAAGUCGGACGUCUCGGACGGAUCUCAUCUCUUCGAUUUCUACCUGUCCAAUGUCGGCAAGGACAAUCCUCAGGGAAGCUUCGAAUGCAUUCAGCAGCAUGUGUCCAGCUCCGGGAUCCCCCACUUGUCCUCUCUGGGGGCAAUCCAGGACAAAAUCACAGUGUGCGCCACCAACGAUUCGUACCAGGUGACCAGAGAGCGCAUGACGCAAGCGGAGGAGGACACUCGCAAGAGGGGCACCAAGGUCAUCAAACCUGGAGGGCAAUUCAGAGGCACGAAGGUGCAGAUCAGAAAACCGGCUCCCUCUGCUCCCGACCCAGUUCCCGAGAGGAAACGGUCGACCCCAAUGAAUCCAGCCAACACCAUCCGCAAGUGCCUUACCAACAACCCGGUGUCUCAGCGGCCAUACCGGGAGCGCAUCAUCCACCUGCUGGCUCUGCGCUCCUACAAGAAGCUCGAGGUCCUGGCCAGGCUGCAGCGAGAUGGGAUCAGCCAAAAGGAUCGCAACUCGCUCGGGAGCACCCUUCAGCAGGUUGCCAAUCUGAACCCAAAGGAUAACUCGUACUCCUUAAAGGACUUUAUUUACCGUGAGGUCCAGAGAGACUGGCCCGGCUACUCUGAGGAUGAUCGUCUUCAAGUGGACCGGAUCUUAGCUCGUAAACUGGGCCUGCCUGCAGAUUCACUCUCAUCCAGCAGCUCUCCAAAAGAACCAACAUCCCCACAGAAGCGUCAGCCUCAGGGUGACUUCAUCGACCCUCUGAUGUCCAAGAAACCCCGUAUCUCCCACCUCAGCAGCCGAGGAGCCCCGAGCUCGUCAGAUCGCCGCCCGCCUACGGAAACCGAGGAGAAGAGACCAGCUCCUCCAGUGAACGCAGCCUGCCCAGGCCCUUCAUCCCAGCCCCCAGUGUCCCACCCUCCCUCUGGCUCGAACUCCAACUCGCCCAGCACACCGGAGGGCCGCGGAACCCAGGACCUGCCCCUGGACCAGAGCUCCACAUGCGGGGAGGAGACCGAACGCUACGCGCCCCGCUCCCUCACUCCCAGCUCCGGCUUCAUCCCAGCUUCCGCCAUAUCCCCAGCAGCCAACAGUAGCAAAAAGCCCAAAAAGAAGUCAAAGAAGCACAAAGACAAGGAGCGGGAGAGGAGAGGCGGGGAAGACGAAGGCGUACGGCAUCGGGAGGGACAGGCCGAGACGGAAGACCGGCCGAGGAAGAGACACCGUGCCGAGGCUGAGAAACACUCUCCGGUUAAAGAGGACAGCUCUUUAGAUGCAGAACUGCACAGAGAAGACAGAACAAGCAAACCUGAGCUCACAGAACUUUCCACUCCGGUGAUUCCUGAUUACAUAGCUAAAUACACUGCGGUAGUGUCUAUGGAUCAAAGGCAGCGCUACAAGGACGACUUUAACGGCGAGUACGAUGAAUAUCGCACUCUCCACGCCCGUGUGGAGAACAUCACGCGACGCUUCACACAGCUGGACACCCAGUGCAGACGCCUGCCACCCGGAACCAAAGAGUACCAGGAGGUGCACAAAGAGGUGCUUCAAGAAUACAAGAAAGUCAAACAACACAACCCAAAUUAUCACGAAGAGAAGCAGCGCUGCGAGUACCUGCACAACAAGCUGGCCCACAUCAAGAGGCUUAUUGCUGACUUUGACCAGCGGAGGGCGCAGUCCUGGCGUUAAACAGUGGGACCCAAGCAGCCAAUCGGAGCUUUUCUCAGCCUAUAACCAGUGGCAGCCAGGGGAUCAGCCUUUUUUUUUUUUUUUUUUUUUUUUAACUCCCUUCUCAUUUCUCAUCUUUUGCCUGUUCCCUAUUACUCUUUAACACGUCUACAUUUCAGAAAUAUAUACACACACGCAUACAUACUGUUUUUUUUUUUUUUUUUUUUUUUUCACCCCUCCUUUCCUUCCCUGUUGUUCCUUCUGACCACUGCCUCCAAUGUUUAACAGAAGAGCACCACUCUUCCUGCUAGUGAUGUCAUGCAUGUCCAGGAGGAUAACUCUUCAUUUUUUUUUUUUUUUUUUUUUCUGACAGACUUUAAAAGGAAAGAAAAUUAAAGGACAAAAAAAACAACAAAGCGGAUUAAAAAUGUUUCAAAGAAAAUACUAUUAUAUAUAUAUAGCUACCUGUAUUUAAAAGAGAAAAAAAAGGAAGAUCUAUUUAUUUUGAAUGGAAGGAGAAGAUUGAGUCCAUGGACGAUCCGAGGUUUAGUUUCUUUUCUGGAUGCAAAAUGCAUUGCCGGGGGCCUUACAAUAUACAGUGUCUAUUUUGACUUCCUGAAGCCUUUUGCACAGGGGCAGCUGAGCCAGUGCGUGUUAUAGAGAGAAAAGAAGAAAAAAAAAGAGGGAGAGAGAGAGAAGCAAAGGGAGAGUAUAUGGUGAACAGGAGCGUGGAGCCAGGAGCCAUAAGAUUCCCUUCCUCUCGAGCAGCAGCAGUAUUCUCGCUCACCGUGCAAAUGGUGCCUUAACGUGUGUUCGUUUACACACGAGGAUGUGGAGUCCGACCGUGUUCCAGGGGCCCGGAGUAGAAGAAACGACUGUGACCUUGUGACAAAGUUCAGACACAUCCGUGGAAGAUGUGUGUGAUUUAUAAUAGUUUUUGGGUUUUUUUCCCCCCGUGCGUGCGUGUAGCGCGCUCACAUUCAUGAGACACCGGAACGUAGCAACAGAUCGUCAGUGUUUUCUUUUUUUGUUUUUCCCAGAUGAUGUGCGAGAGUGUGCAAGAGCGAUCAAGAAGAGUGUGUGAGUGUGAGAGAGAGCGUACUUUUUUUUUUUUUUUUUUUUCUUUCUUUUUUUUUGUCUUAGUUGUCUUAUGAGAGCCGGCCAGAUGGGCCUGUGAGAGUCUGGGGUGGAAAUACGGAUAAAAGAACAUAAAUGAGGAAAAAAAAAUAGAAAAUGAAAACCAAAAAAAGCUGCUAUUAUAGCCUUUGAACCGCCAGAGUAUUGGUGAUCAACCUGGCUCGUGUUACAUGUUCUUAACUUGGAAUGAUAAGGACAGAGGGUGGCUUGUGUACGCGUGUGCAUGCACGUGUGCGUGUUUUGUUGUUGGGUUUUUUUCUCUCUGCACAGAACCAAACAAAGACAAGGACACAAGGUUCUGUUUGGUGGGGAAAAAAAAGCAGAGCUACCAGAGCCAUACCUAUAUAUUACAAUUUCAAAUGUAUUCUUCUUAAUUAUUCCAUAAGUUUCAAAAAAAAAAAGAGAGAGCUAUUUAUAAGUAAUGACUAGCAUGCUGUUUUUUUUUUUUUUUUUUUUAAGCCUUUUUUUUUUUUUUUUUAUUAAAAUUGAAAGAAUUUUGCAGAUUUACUUAAGCAAAUUAUGUAUGGCGUUCAGAUAGAAAGCAAGUCUUUAUUUUCAUGAAAUGCAUUCAGCAGGGAAAAAAAGAGAAAGAUGCUUAAGGGAAAUUGUGUUUACAAAACCUGUGUUUGAAUAUAUAUUUUUUUUCUUUGGGGGAAAUCUAUUGUUUUGUUGAUUUGAAAUAAACUGCAUCUGUUGGUUUAGCUUAUUUCUGUCCGGCGAUAUGCAAUGAGUUUCCUUAAAGAAAAUGCGAGCAUCUUUAAUCCUUAUGUUCCAUACUUGCUUUUAUCUAAAUGAGAAAGAAUAAACGCAGAAUCAGCCUGAAUUCGGGGAAGGGCGGGGUGAGGGGGUGGAUGGCGGGUGGGGUGGGGGAUAUAUGUCGCUUUAUCAUGUCGGCGGAUCAGAGUCAAAUAUUUGGUCACUACAGAUAUAUGCAAAGACUUGGUGGAUACGCGGAUUCUUACACUAGCAUGUAUAAGAAAAGAAGCGGCUGGGGGUCAGAGCCAUGCAGCGAUCAGCCCGUAACGUAUUAUUGUGAAUCCUGUUUGUUAAUAAUGAAUACAAUCGGAUGAACAUGAAUUAACCCCAAUCAGUAUUUUUGCUUUGUCGCUGUCUGGGCUGAAUAAGGACACGGUCAGGUGGUGUGUUAAUUUAAAAAAAUGUAUUUAUAAAAAAAAAAUUUUUUUUUAAACGCAUCUCCUUCGUCCUACCCAUUUUACAUGAAUGCUUUUUUUCCCCUUCUUACAUUACUCUUGCAGUCCAAAACUGGAUGAUGGAAGACAAAGCCAAAUUGUGUGUGUCACGAUUAAUUAGUGGAGUCGAGCAGCUCUUUAUCUCCUCUGCAUUCCCUUGCACACUCAUCUUUUAGUCCAAGCCCCAGUGCCUGUUUCUCCAAACGGUGUCCCUUCAUUGAACUCCACUCUCAGCUGAGAGAUAAAAGCCUUUAACACAUCCAUAUUUCUUUUUUUUUUUUUUCCCUAAAGGGACGAUUAAAUAUGUGUUGGACACUAACCAUUUCAGCAGGGACGGGAUACUAAGUGCUGGUUAAGGCACAAAUCAAAACAUGCAAAAAAUAAAACAAAACAAAAAAAAUGUUGGGAAAAAAAUCAAACUCCCUCUUAUGGUUUAAAAGUGGGACAGGGUUUUACUAAGAUUGUUAUUUCCAACAUGUUGAUCUGAGAAAUGCAUUAUGUGAGUUCAAUAAAAUGUGAACUUGGCAAAAUA